CCUACACCCAUCGUCUCCGUGUCUCUCCUCCUUCCCCCUUCCUCCGCUCACUUCACCAAAACUCAAUUCAAAAAAAAAAAAAACCCAACAAAAUGCCUUCACCUCCACCACCAGAAACAGUAAUCAGCCACCGCUUCGCCGCCUUCCUCAUCUGGCAAUCAAUCCCCUCAACAUCAAUCUUCCUCUUCUUCAACCUCUUCCUCUUCUCCACCACUUCCCUCACCUCCUUCCUCCUCACUCUCCUCGUCUUCCACGCCUCGAACCUCAUCUUCUCCAUCUCCCUCUCUCUCCUCUCCUCCCCAACCUCAGACUCCCCUCUCUCCCCUCUCCAACUCCCCCUCGCCCUCCUCCGCCACCACCUCUCCGAUCCACACUUCCGCCGCCGCGCUCGCGUCUCCCUACGCAUCUCCCUCUUCGUCUCCGCGACGGGAUUCGCCGGGUUCUGCUCGGCGGCUGUGUUCUGCUUGGGGAAUGGAGUUGUUGGGAGAGUAGGGUUUAGAGGGUUUGUGACUGGUUUGCUUUACGCGGUUCUCUUUGUGGCUAAGCAGCGAUGGGUGUUGGAGUUUCCUAUCAUUCAGCGUCCACCGGUUUUUAGUUUCAAGAUUGGUUUACCUUCGGCGUUAACGCAAGCGUUGAAGCUCUCUGGUGUGCUUUAUGUGUUGUCGACGGUGAUGUUGUUGUUUCUGUUGGAUUGGUCUGGUGGGCUUGUGUCUGUUUCGAGGUUUUUGGGUGAGCAGGUUAUUUCUUAUGCGGGGAGUUUCUGUUUGAUUCUCUCUUGGGAAGUGACUCACCAUAUUCAUCAGGUUCUGCACACAAAACGCUUUGCUUUUGCUCCACCAAAAGGAUCUGCUGCAGCAGAAACAAAUCCAAGUGAGCCACUUCUUGCUGCUUUAGAAGGGAGUUCUCCGGGUUCCCUCGAGCAGUAUCUUGCAUACCUUGAUCUCUACAUGGUGUCUCAGAACAAUGUUGACACCUGGCGUCGUGCUGCUUUCUUCGCCGAGUCCAGCGAGACUUACAAAAGAGUCAUCACUCUAUGCUUGAAGCCUUUAGAAGAGCUUGCCUCCAAGUUAGCUGGGGGGCUAGACCACACCUUUUCUGAAAAUGGCUUUCCCACUGAAUCAUACAUCGAUCCUAAAUUUGGUGAAUCACUCAAGUCAUUUCAGCUAUAUGCAUGGUGUGCUCAAACAAGUGCAUCCCUCACUUCAAUCUCUCACAAGGAAGACAGUCUCGGAGUAGCACAACUCUCUGGAGCAAACGCAGACGUUGUCUCAACGCUUCUCUCUCUUUUGCUAGCGGUUGAAACGUUUAUGGGGAAAAAGAACAAUCUGCAGUCGUCACAGCAACUGUUGGGACCUGCUAGUAUGAAAUGGGCAACCUCUAGUAUGGUGAGAAAAGAUGUUAAGCCGAUGAAAAAGAGAAGCGGGGCGCUAUACUCUUAUGCCUAUGCAGUUUCAGAUGUUUUGAGGAUAUCGAUAUACCAGAUUCUUGAUACAUUCCGCGAUGAGAUGGUUAAUAGUGACAGAACCGGGAUUCUUGGUAGAGAUUGGAUUGGGAGUAAGAAACCGGUUUUUGGAACGAACGAGAUGUUGUUGCAGAAGCUCAAGCUAUUCCUCGAGUUCCAAGCUUAAUUGAAAGAUUUAAGAAAAGAAGAAAAAAAACAAUGUCUGUGAUCAAAUGUGUCUGUUACCUUAGAAAGGACUUGUAACGAAAUUUCUCAUAUAAUUUUUUUUUGGAAGAAAUUUUGGGACAUAACAUUUUAUUCUUCUUGUUAGAGUUCUUGUUGGUGAGCUACAUGAUUACAUAAGAAUCAAAACUUUAUUAUUAUUUUUUUUUUGGACAAAA